UUCUCUUCUCAAUCGAUUAAACCGAAUUCUAUUUUUCUAGGCAACUGAGGGCAUGCCCAACAAUCGUUUGUAACCAGUUUUUUGACUGUUUUUUUGCGAAUCAAGUCUAACGUGGCUAGGAGAUUGAUUGGUUUGCAUAAGACUCAUCUUUUUUUUUUGGAGGAACGGCUUGGCACGGUUACCAAGUCUGAAAAGAGGAAGUUUAUCAAAAAAAAGUAAAUAGAUUGACAUAAGAGUAUAUGACAUGUGGGACCACUGUGUAAAGCUGAAAACGAAACUUAAAAGGAAGGCAGAAGAGAUUAGAGAGGGGAGAGAAGACACUAGAGAGGAGAUAGAAGCAGCAAGUAAAGACCAUUGUUGAAGAAGCCCUAAGGAUUAACGAAUCCUAUGUUUGCCUGACAUUUGCCCUCACAAUGACCAGUUUUACACAGAUGAACAUGAACGAAAAAGAACACGGUACAAACACUGCCCCAGGUUGGUCGAGCGAGCGAGAGAGGUUAAGUUUAAUCACACACUUACAAGGACAGUCCAAAAGGAAAGCCCCAGUACUGCUAGUGCUAGAGUGCUAAAAAGGCCAGGACUCAAGUGGAUUAGACAUGACUGUGAGUGGUACUUUAGCAGCUAAUAAUCGGAUGGAAGUGACGGUGCUCACUGUUCACUCACUGCUGGCCCGAGGUUAAUAAACACGUACGUAAAAGUAGCAGCACUGGACCAGCUCGGCUCAGCUCACUCCCUUGUCCGCAUCUAGCCGCGCUUCACACCGCAGAGCAUCUCUUUCUUUCCUUCCCUUGAAUCCGCCACCCACGACCACGCCACGAGCGCGUCGCAGCCUCAGUCACAGAGUCCAACCCAGCGAGAGGAAGAUGGCGAGCAAGGCGGUCACCAUCGGCGAUCUGAUCCACCGGGUCGCCUCCUCCUGCCUCUCCAACCGCUUCCCGGGCAACUACACCCUCGACGGCUCCGACCUCGACGACGACGACGACGACGACCCCUUCGCCGCCGACUUCGGGGACGCCGCCGACGCCGACGCCGAGGACGAAUGCCCGCGCCCCACGGUCCGGCCGGAGGAGGGGGACGAGGAGGCCAGGAGGCUCAGGAUCUGGGAGGAGGCGGAGGAGGAGAAGAGGCGGACCAAGAAUGCCGCGGCGGCCGAGGAGGCCAAGGAGGCGGAGGCCAAGAAGGUGGAGGGGGCCGAGCGGGCGGGCGACGCGGAGGCGCUCAUGGCGGAGGUGUUCGACGCGGUGUCCGGGGUGCGUCGCGCGUACGCGGCGCUGCAGGGCGCGCACUGCCCCUGGGACCCCGACCGGAUGCGCGCCGCCGACGCCGGCGUCGUCGCCGAGCUCCGCCACCUAGCGCGCCUCCGGGACCGCUUCCGCCGCGCCGCCGCCAGCCCGGGCGGCCGCAUCCCGCGCCCCAGCCCCUCCGCCCCGCCGCUCCGCGAGGCCGUCGCGCCCUACGAGGCCGCGCUCGACGACCUCCGCCGCCAGCUCCAGGGCAAGCAGGCCGAGGUGGACGGGCUCAAGGAGAAGCUCGCCGCCGCCGCCAGCCGCCGCAACGCGCGACUCCACCCCUCCAAGAAGCACCACCACCUCCUCGCCGCCCCCGCCGCGGAGGCCGGCGCGCCGACGGCGGAGCUGUUCAUCGCAUGCGCGGAGCAGGCCCGCGCGGCGACGCGGGCGUUCGCGGCGCACCUCCUCCACCUCCUCCGCGCGGCGGGGCUGGACCCGGCGGCGGCCACGCGGUCCGUCACCAAGAUCCCGGUAUCCUCCCCGCAGCUGGCCAAGCACGCGCUGGAGGCGCACGCGACGGCCGUCCUGCUGGGCGGCUUCGAGCACGAGUCCUUCUACCUGGACGGGUCCCUCUCCUCCCUCCUCGACCCGGCGGCGUUCCGGAGGGAGCGGUACGCGCAGUACCGCGACAUGCGCGGGAUGGACCCGGGGGAGCUCCUGGGCGUGCUCCCGACGUGCGCCUUCGGGCGGUACGCCGCCAGCAAGUUCGCGUCCCUGCUCCCGCCGCGCGUGGAGGAGGCCGUGCUGGGCGGCGACGAGCACAAGAAGGCCGUGGGCGCGGGCGCGCACCCGCGGACGCCGUUCUACGGGGAGUUCCUGCGGGCGGCCAAGGCGGUGUGGCUGCUGCACCUGCUGGCGUUCGCGCUGGAGCCGCCGCCCAGCCACUUCGAGGCCGGGCGCGGCGCCGAGUUCCACCCGGAGUACAUGGAGAGCGUGGCCGGGUCCGCGCCGCGCGGCGGCAUGGUGGUGGGGUUCGCGGUGGCGCCGGGGUUCAAGCUGUGCAACGCGGCCGUGGUGCGCGCUCGGGUGUACCUGGUGCCCCGCGGCAGCCGACAGUGACACCCACCGUGGCUGACGGGCGAGAUCACGGAUGCGAUCAGCCCGAGCCACGGGCCACCUCUCUCCUGCUAGCUGGAGCAGCUCGUUGGUGCAGCUACCGGAGCUGCACUUGACUCCCUGCCUUAAUUAGUUCUCCUCUCCACUGUACUUGGGCCUUGCUAAAUCUAAGGAGUAGUAGUUGCUUCUUCUCUCAAGAAAGUUCAUGCCCAAGAGGCUGUAAAAUCAUGUUGUCUAAUAGUACAAUUUGCUGGCCCAUCGUGUACUAAUACUUUCGGACAUCAUCAUCGGUACAUGCUUUCUGACA